UUUAUGUUGUGCUGCCAAGUUGCCAAUGUUAAAUGCUAAUGUAGCAGAGAAAUCACAAGACCGAUUAUCGUAAUUAACUCAUUAUUUAUGUUUCACCCAGUGACCUCAGUGAGUCAGCUAUAUGCUUAUCCUCAAUACAUUUACGAUACUUCUACAAGUGGCGUUCAUUGUGUUUAUGUCACUACUUUCCAUGAACAUUAUUCGUCACUUCACUAGCGCGAAGAGAAUGGCUUUGAUCGCUCCAGCCUUGUUUGUGAACCAUGGAGGCGGUCCCAUGCCGCUUUUGGGGGACAAGGACCAUGCUGGACUCACGAACUUUCUCAGAGACGGUGUGAAGAAACAUGUCGACUUUAAAAAUGUUAAAGCGAUUAUUUUAGUGACCGCGCACUGGGAGGAGAAUAAAGUGACUAUAUCUUCUGGUAAUCAUCACGAUUUAUACUUCGAUUACUAUGGCUUUCCACCAGAAUCGUACAAGUAUAGGUAUGACGCGCCUGGCGAUCCGAAGUUAGCUGCGCGCAUUCACGAAACAUUGAAGAAAAGCGGCAUAGACUCGCGUCUUGAUCCUUCGCGAGGCUGGGACCAUGGAGUCUUCGUCCCAAUGAUUUUAAUUAACCCUGAAGCUAACAUACCUAUAAUACAGGUAUCUGUGCUAAGCAAUCAAGACCCAGAGCAACAUUACAAGCUUGGACAGGCUUUACAUCAGUUCAGAAAAGAAGGUAUUGCUAUAAUCGGCUCCGGAAUGUCAUACCAUAAUAUGAGAGAGUUUUUCAACAGUCGUAGAGCAGGACAUGUUAUAAAUAAGGAGUUUGAUGACUAUUUGAAUGAUGUAUGUACAGCGGAGGAGGAAAAACGGAAAGAGGGGUUGAUAUCUUGGAGAGAAGCAACGGGGGCUAAUGAGGCUCAUCCCCCGCGCGCAGCGGAGCACUUUAUGCCUCUUGUUGUGGUAGCAGGAGCUGGUGGCUCCAAGCCUGGUGAGAGGAUUUUCAAUUGGGACAUGAGUGGUGUCUUCAGGUUAAGUGGUUUUAUAUGGAAGGAGGAGUGAGCAUGGUAUUCUGUUUCUGACAUGUUUAUAUGCUUAACUACAGCAGCUAGUUAAAAGUAUGUUUAAUGUAAGAUAAACCUAACUGCCAUAGUCAAAGUACACAUUCACACAUGUCAAAAAAGCUAAAGUAUUAUUUGUGGACCUGUAUAAUUUAGGGCUAAAACACAAUUACAUGAAGCAAUUACAAUGUUAGGCGACAAGAUGACCUUGCAUUGUGUCAUUGUGUUUUGACCCUUACUUAGAUAAAAAGUAGUAUUUAAUUUUACACACCCAAUGCAAGAAUACACAUUUAUUACACAUAUUAAUUUUUUAACACAUGUUUAUGCCCCCAAUCCGCAUUGGGCUAGCGUGGGGACUAUAGCCCAAUCCCUCUCACGCAUGAGAAGAGCCCUGUGCCCAGCAGUAUACAGGCUGAAAAUAUUAUUAUUACUUAUUAUUUUUAUGCACCAAUACAGUAUCAUGAUCACUUCAAUAUUUUCUUUCAAGGAGGCCUAUGUCAGUGGACAAGCUAGAAAUAAUUAAAAAAUAGAGGAAAUAACAUAAAACCUCUAACUACACAUAAUAUCUAGCAAUAAAGGCUUUCUUUAUCUUUACCUUUAUCUAGCAUGUCUUUGUAUAAGAGGUACAUAUGUUUUAUAUUGUACAGCAAGCUGCAAAAUUGCAUGGCUACAUUAUGAAUGGAUUUCCUUCAUAACGUGGUCAUGUACUUUGCAGCUAACUAUGAUGUUGCCAACAAAGCUUCUGCCAAGGCAACCUUGCUAUAACUCUGUAUCUUUAGGUAUUUAAAUAAAAGUAAACAAAAUCUACCCUCAAAUAGCUCCUUAAACCAGUUGAGGGUAGAUGAAAACAUUACACGAUCAAAUAAUGUAGGUUAAAGUCAGGUUGCUCAGUGAUUGAUCCAGGUGGUUUUAUAUUUGGAUGGUUAACCAAUAAAUGUUAACUACCCGAAAAUGUACAAAUUGUUUGUUUACUUUUAUUUAAAUACCUAAAGAUACAGACUAUUGUUCCCAGCCAUGUGAAAGUAUGUUUAAAUGACUGUGAUCUUGCCAGGUGACUUUAUAGGGAAUCAGACAGUCUGUGCGGAAAGAGAAGAGUCAUGGAAUGUAUGAGAACCAAUACAUUCCACGAUUCUUUUCCUUCUGCACAGACUCUACUUUGUGAUUAAAGUUUAAAGCAAUAAUCUUUUGCAUAAUAAACAAAUUAGAAAAUAGACUGCUAUGUGACUGAAGUUUUAAAGUAAAAAUCAAUACAUUUUAUUGAUGCUUGGUUGCU